CCAUCCUGGAAACAUUAGUAGGAAUUGGAAUACCCCUUAUCGUAAUGAAUCUCUAGUUCCUGUUAAUCCACCUGUGAAUAUUCCAAAUGAUACGAACUUUCAAGAAAUGCUGGAAGAAGAUACUUCUAUUUUUGCCCCUGCAGAGAUAGAAAUAAGAAAAAUAACCCAAUCAAAACUCACACAAAGAAACGAAAAAUAG